UCUCUUUGAGGUUUACGGUUUACGAACAACAUCACUACUGUCGCUUCUGGACUCCCUUUGUGACUGACGACUAUUUGUUUGACGUGCAAUCUCCAUCGGCUGAUAUACCCAUACUCGACCUCCCAGCACAUCCAUCACAUUCCACACAGGAUGUUCUUCAAAAGUAUAGUGGCGGCAUCCGCUCUCCUCUACUCGACCGCCACCGCACAAACAGCAUGCAACAACUCGCCAUCACUAUGUUCGAGAGCAUACAACAACAUCACACAACUCGGAGCGCACGAUUCGCCCUUCCUGCGUAACCAGAACACCUCCUUCUCCACCUCGGGCAACCACUACUAUGACACAACAACACAACUUGACGCCGGUGUACGAUUACUGUCCGCACAAGUACACAAGAGCGACAACGGCACCGGUGCAGACGCAUGGCACCUCUGCCACAGCUCCUGCGACCUCCUCGACGCCGGGACCCUCGAGUCCUGGCUCUCAACAAUCAAGAUCUGGAUGGACAAGAACACCAAUGACGUCGUCACCGUCCUGCUCGUAAACUCCGACUCCGCUACUGCCUCCGACCUAGGCGCACAAUUCAACUCCUCCGGCAUUUCCGAGUAUGCCUACACACCCCCGUCCACCAGCGUACCCACAACGUGGCCCACACUCGACGCCCUCAUCGGCAACGGCACGCGCCUGAUGACCUUCGUCGCCUCACUCAGCGACGCAUCGACACAGUACCCCUUUCUGAUGGACGAAUUCACCUAUAUCUUCGAGAACAACUACGAGAAUGUAAACCCCAGCAACUACUCUUGCACGCCCAGCCGCCCCACAGGCCUCACCACGUCUUCAACCGGCGGCCGCCUCUUUCUGAUGAACCACUUCUUGUACGAGAACCAGCUAUUCGGAAUCCAAUCGCCCAACGAGACGUACGCGAAUACUACAAAUGCGCAGACGGGUUAUGGCAGCUUGGGCUCGAGCGUGAGCAAUUGUACGAGUGUAUAUGGCAAGAGGCCGUGGGCUGUGCUGGUUGAUUUCUUUAAUGUUGGACCGGCGAUUGCGAGUGUGGAUGCUGCGAACGGUGUUACAGGGUCGAUCUCGGGCAGGAGGAGUUUGAGCACGGCGCCAUUGACGCAGGAGAGUGAGAGCGGUGUGGCGAAGGCGCAGGGGAGUUUGUUGGCGGUGGUUGUGGCGGUGGUCGUUGCUGUUGGCUUCGGUAUGUGAGGUUCUUUGGUGACAUCGAUGUCUUGUUUUGUUGCAUGGCGACGGCGUUUGGGUUUUGGUGAGUCCUUGGACUGCCACACUGCAUAAAAGGCUUGGAAGCCAGUGUUGGUCAUGAAAUGAAGGUUUAGAUACCAUACUCGAAACGAAUUACGAUUCUGUUGAACUACAACCAAUACAUGUAGGGUUGCACUAUCCGGAGGAGCAUUUUUGAUUCGGCGGAUCC